GUUAUAUUCAAAAUGUGUAUACGUUCUUGCGUCGCUAUCUUCAUAGCUUUGCAGUUCAUCACCUCAUCCUUACCUACAGCAGCCUACCUGGUGUACACAGCGCUGGUGACUGGAGAGCUAAUUCCCCAUGACUGUGACCUUCACUGAUGGGAAGCAGCAGCUGGACUAUGAGUGUCCAGUAUCUCUGACUGCUUUUUAUAGACCCAUAUCUAUCAACCACAGUGACACAUCUUCUCAAGGCCUUAUAUCGAGAUGCUGGCACGAAGAAGAAAAGUCGACCCACUUAGUGAUUGUCCUCUGGGAGACGGCUGGAAGGUUGUUGAACUGGACCUCGACAGGAAGAUGUCGGCUGCUCUGGUCAAGUGUUUCUUUACUUACAGAGGAUGUGACAGUGUGAUGAAACUGUGUGAGCUGGGGUCACACUCUCUGGACUGUCCACACAAGCCCCCUGGGGACCUGGAUGCAAAGGCUGACAGAGACGGAGAUGAAUCAAGCGAUGCCAAAUCAACGGCCCGUCAGGAUGACAUCCUGGCUGUGUGCAAGCUCCAUGGUUUCCUCGGCACGCCCACGGUGGAGAAGCAGCUGCAGGCCUUGGAUAAAGAGUAUCAGCAGCUCAGAGAGCAGGGACAGUCCAGCAGAGCAGACUAUGUUCAGACUCUCUACAUCUGGCUCUCCAAGAAAUCUGGCAAGGACAGCAGAGCAGCCGUGAGGGAUGAAGAGAGCUGUGUCCACCGGGCCCUGAUGAAGUACCUGGAUGCCUGGUCUCUGAGUCCUGACAGCUGCGAGUACAGCCUCCGCUCCAGAGCACCCUGGCACUGCGCCCGCUGCAUCCUGCCCUCAGAUUCUUCACAGGGCUGGCUCUGCUACAACAGGAGCAGAAAGCCUCUGAGGACACAGAGAAGGAGGCAGCUCUGUUCUUACAUCAGGGACUGGAGCACUUUGUCACACAGCGCUGCAGCAAGAGCCUCAGCUUCCUGCGAGGCCUUCUCACUCUGGGCCAGCUGCAGCAGAGAAACACACUGUCUGAGAAGGCCAUGAGCGCGGAGACUUCCCAGACUGCAUGUCAGCUAGCUGUGGUGACCUCACCGCGGGACAGCCACGCCCUGUGUCUCUUGGGUCUGGCACAGCUGGAUCAAUAUGACAACAGGUCAAAGGAAGCCAUAACUAAUGCCUGCCUCAGCUUCCAGGCCAGCAUUGAGCUGGAACACAAGACACAGAGCGGAGAGCCACUCGAGCAGCUGAGCAGCGAGUCUGCGUCGUGCACUUACUGUCUGUGACUGGCUACUGUAGAACUAUGUAUAUGAUAUGGUAACCUGAGCAAUUCUUAAUUG